AUGAAAUCCGCACUAUUUCUUCUGCUCCUGGCACUCACAGGAAUCGAGAAUCGUAUAAUAGUCGUCUACAACAACUGCCCAUUUACUAUUUGGCCCGCAGUUUUGGGACCUGGAAAUCCGGAAGGAGGAGGAUUUCGAUUGGACGCGUGGACGGCAAGGAAUCUGAAUGUGGACGACGCGUGGAAGAAUGGCAGGAUCUGGGCGAGAACUGGAUGCGAUGGCAACUUUAACUGCGAGACGGGAACGUGUCUCGUGAGUAGAUUCCCCUCUUGUAACUGUCUUUCUCCAAGAAAGAUCUCUUCCAGAAUGCUGAGCAGUGUAAUGGUCGGAAGGGGACUCCGCCUGCCUCCGUGGCUGAAUUCAAUCUGAAAGCGUGGGGCGGUCAGGAUUUCUACGACGUCUCUCUGCUCGACGGCUACAAUCUCCCGAUGCUCAUCGACGGAUACGGGUGCAAGAGAGCCGGGGGAUGCGUGACCGAUGUGAACACAGCCUGUCCAGCGGCUCUUUCCGUGAAGAGCAGUUCCGGAAACACUGUCGGUUGCAAAUCGGGCUGUCUCGGAUACAAAACUGACGAGGAGUGCUGUCGCGGAGCCUACGCGAGUCCUGAUAAAUGUCCGAUGACUGCGACUACGAAGAUAUUCAAAGACGCGUGUCCGACGGCGUUCACCUACGCUUACGACAACGCGACGAUGCUCACUUGCACCAAACCGUCAUCUUACACUGUCCAAUUCUGCUGA